AUGUCUCCGCUUCCUCUCGGCGUUGGUCAUAAUGCACUGAUUUUCAACCAUCCAGAGAAAGAGUCAUACCCGUUCCGGUUCAGCCGCUCCCCAAAUUCGAGCAAAAAAGAACUCCAUAUUUUGGCGUGGUGCCUUGUCUCGGAGGUCCCGUACAGUCGUCAGUUCGACGUUUCUGGUGCCACCUCUUCAUCGGGACUAAACAACGACUUAGUUGAGAGCCACCUAUCCGACCAAAAUUUGAUUAACCUGCCAUCCCCGAAAAUCCAGCCUAGACCCUCGAAGACCACUUCUCUUAUACCCACCAUGACGCUCUCCAUGUCGACAACCAGUGGCUCUUUGUGA